CUCCACACAGCAAGUGCCUUUACUUGAGCAGAAGAGGGAGAAGGAAGAGGAGCUGCGAGAGGGACAAAAAAGCCCAGGAGUGUGUGUGUGAACGCUCCGGAGCGGCGUGGCGGACUUCACCGGUGGGCUGGAAAGUGCACGCAGAGGCAGCGGCGGCGGUGGCGGCGGAGCGUGCAGAGCGGAGGCAGGGGAAUCCAGUGGCGCUGUUGAUCCUGGUGUCCCUGGAAAAGAAGCUGCUGGAGGAGGAGACGGAGAACGGCGCAGCAGCCACAACUAAGCAGGGGGGCAGCAUUUUACAGCAACAAGCAAGCGUGGACACACACACACACACGCACACACGCACACACACACACACACACACACACACACACAUGCACGCAAACAUACGAGCACACAGCUGAGCAGGAGCGACGGUCCAGACUGUGCAUGUGAAGCUUCAGCACAGGCUGAAACAGGAAACACACACAGCUGUUCAUCUGCGGACGGAGGAGGAGGAUGAUGAUGAUGGAGAGGAAAACUUCUGAGGAGGAAAUGGUCCUUUAAGGUCCAGGACCGCUGCACACAUACCUGCACUAAGAACAACUUUUCUUCUUUCUUCUGUUUUUUUUUUUUUUUGAGUUGGGGUUUUACAGCUAAGCACAACACAAACCACCUCUAUAUUCUUGGUGGCAGACUGAAGCGCCGUGUGUGUGAUGCCUCCUCUGAUUCAGCCUCGGCACUAAGUGGAUUAUGAUGACAAUAUUUUGGGAUUUCUCUUUAGUUUGAAAAAGACAAAAAAAAAAAAAAAAUCCAUGAGUGUUGGAUUUGUGUGUGUCAGACACACAGAGGAUCGGUGGCGUUGUGUGUUGUGUUCUCCUGUGGAUUACAGAUGGGCUUUGUGCCCCCCCCCCCCCCCCCCCCCCCAGCAGUCUCAUGGAUGAUCACUCGCUGCCAGUCAUUAGGAUAAAGUACAAAGAGGGACACAAGUGGCUGGGGCACAAGCACAGAUUGAUUGAAGUGAUCUGUGUGAAUCCUAUUAAUGCGUCCUGGACUGAGGCCAAGGCAGAAGCAAUGGAGGAGAACGGUGUGUAGCGGCGCCAUCUGAUCUGAUCUGCCUCCGACUGGACAAACUGAAGACCCUCUGCACCCCCCCUUCAACAAUACGCCUCCUCCUCCUCCUCCUCCUGCCUGGGUCAGGAUGGUACCCCCACCUCCCACCAACAAACCCCACGUGUGCCUGUCCACCAUCCUAAUCAUGAGCAGCAUGGCGCUGAUCGACGCCUACCUGGUGGAGCAGAACCACGGCCCCCGGAAGAUCGGCAUCUGCAUCAUGGUGAUGGUGGGGGACAUCUGCUUCCUGAUAGUGCUGCGGUACGUGGCGGUGUGGGUGGGCGCCGAGGUGCGCACCGCCAAACGAGGCUACGCCAUGAUCCUCUGGUUCCUUUACAUCUUCGUGCUGGAGAUCAAGGUGUACUUCGUGUACCAGAACUACAAGGCGGACCGGAAGAGCCUGGACGCUCUGGCGAGGAAGGCGUUGACGCUGCUGCUGUCCAUCUGCAUCCCGGUGCUGUUCGUGGUGCUGGUGGCCAUCGACCACAUGGAGUACGUACGCGCCUUCAAGAAACGGGAGGAAAUCCGCAACCGUCUGUUCUGGGUGGUGGUGGACCUGCUGGACAUACUGGACAUCCAGGCCAACCUGUGGGAGCCACAGAAGAAGGGUCUGCCCCUGUGGGCCGAGGGUCUGAUGUUCUUCUACUGCUACAUCCUGCUGCUGGUGCUGCCCUGCGUGUCCCUGAGCGAGAUCAGCAUGCAGGGCGUCAACAUCGUCCCCCAUAAGAUGCUCCUGUACCCCAUCCUCAGCCUGGUGACCAUCAACAUCAUCACCCUGUUCAUCCGGGGGGGGAACAUGAUCCUGUACCGGGACGCCAGGGUGUCGGGCAUCCUGAUAGGGAAGAACAUCCUGGCCAUCAUCCUAAAGACCUGCAGCUUCGUGCAGUACAGGAGACAGUUGCAGAAUGCUCCUCCCGCUUUUGGGGUCGAGCUGCAGAAAAACUCGGUGGCCCACGCUCGCCCUGCCCCCACCCCUCCCCAAGCGGUUAUGCAGGAUCAGACGCCCCUCCCCGAAGUGACAACGUGUGAGCACACAUGACAGAGCGGUGAGGUGAACCCCGCGCGUGUCGAGGGGAAUAUUAACGACCUGCAGGAUGCUGGCAGGGCCCACCGCCACCUCAUAGGGCAUGUGGACGCUCAUGUGAACACGUACGAGGGGAGACCAGGGUCUGGGCCGACGCUCCCAGGCACCCCGGACACUGCAGACGCUUAAACACACCAGAGGAACGCAUGUGUGAAGCCUCCUGGGCGCAGAACACGGCAGCACCGCUGACUCUGUCCAAGCGUUUCCUCUGGUGAAUUCAGUCGACUGGAUUUUUUCUAAUUGUACAAAAAAGGAAAAAAAGCAACUACAGCAAGAUUAGAGUCUAUUUUUGAAUUAUGUGUGUUGCAUUCUAAUCUUCAACUUAAGGGUCUGUGUGCUGUGGUGUGUAUUUUUGUUGCCCGGAUGUUAUUAGUAGUCGAAGGCUUUAACGCGUACCAGUCAGUGAGAGCGAAGACGCAAAGAACAUACGAGAGGAAUCCAUCCACUGAAACUGAACCAAGUGUGUUUUUCUAUGUGAUUCUUUGAUAAAGUAUUGUGUUUAAGAUAAAGGCUUUCCUUCUUUUA